AUGGAAGGGUAUAAUGUAGUAAAUGGAGGAGAGAAAAAAAUAAAGCAUUAUAGCAGCGCUCACCAAAUACUACUGGUGGGGGAGGGAGAUUUCUCCUUUGCAGCAUGCUUGGCCAAUGCUUUUGGCUCUGCUGCCAACAUGAUUGCCACUUCUCGCGACUCCAGAGAAAUGUUAAUGCAAACCAGAGCAAACUUAAAUUUGAUAGAGCUGAAGGAGCGUGGACGUACAGUUGUGCAUGGAGUAGAUGCCAAUACUAUGAGCUAUCACCCUCUUUUAUGUGGCAAAUCAUUCGAUCGAAUUGUCUUUAAUUUUCUUCAUGCAGGUUUCAUGUACAAGGAAAACAGCUAUCAGCAAAUUGAGAUGCAUCAAAAUCUGGUGAUGAGAGGCUUUCUGAGAAGUGCAAGGAACAUGCUGAAGGAGAAAUGGGAAGUUCAUGUAACCCAUAAAACUUCUAAUCCAUUUGAUAGGUGGGAGAUAGAGAAAUUAGCGGCGGAAGUAGGGCUGUCUUUGGUUGAAAAAGCAAGGUUUUACGAAUAUUAUUAUCCAGGUUACAAAAAUAAGAGAGGCUCUGGGUACAGAUGCGAUGAGAGCUUUCCUGUUGAGCAAUUGAUUGGUUUGUUGGUAAGUGGAACAUCCAACCGUUCAGUAGUUGCAGUUGUGGGCGAAGGAGGACUUGGCAAGACGACUCUUGCUGGGAAAAUUUAUAAGAAUGAUAGAGUGAAAAAGCAUUUCGAUUGCCAGGCUUGGAUCACAGUUGGGAAAGAAUGCACCAAAAUGGAUAUUCUAAGGAAAGCUAUACAAGAAUUUGAGGGUGUGACAGGGCCUACUUAUGGAGAGAUGGACAAAAUGGAAGAGAAUGAUCUGCUCAGCACACUAGGGAGACAAUUAAAAGACAAGUGUUACAUGGUUGUGUUUGAUGAUGUGUGGAAAGCUGAUUUUUGGGGAUAUAUAGAGUAUGCUUUAACUGAGAACAACAAAAGUAGUAGGAUUAUGCUCACAACUAGAAACAAGGGCAUUGUUGAUCUGAUUCCUUUUGUUAAUGUCUGUAGGAUACAACCCUUGCCUUCAGAUAAGGCAUUUGAACUUUUUCGUAGAAAGGCUUUUGGUCCUCAAGGGUGUUGUCCCCCGGAGUUGGAGAAACUGUCUCAUGACAUCCUUCGGAAAUGUGGAGGCUUACCACUAGCAAUUGUUGCCGUAGGUGGUCUUCUCUCAAACAAGGACAAAGCUACUUUUGAAUGGAAAAAGCUACUUGAUGACUUGGGGUCACGGUUUAGAAGAGAUUCUCAUCUAAAAGAUUGCAACAAAGUUUUAUUAGAAGGUUAUUACGGUCUACCUCACCAUCUCAAAUCUUGUCUCUUGUACUUUGGUUUUUUCCCAGAAAGCUACUCAAUCAAUUGUGCAAGACUGAUUCGCCUAUGGAUUGCUGAGGGCUUUGUCCCUCAUUCCAAACGCCUCACAUCUGAACAAGUUGCUGAAAAAUUCUUAAUUGAUCUCAUUAACAGAAGCUUAGUUCAAGUGGUAGAGACAGAUUUCGUGGGAAGACCUAGAUAUUGUCGAGUCCAUGAUCUGAUGCACGAGAUUAUCCUUAGAAAGACUGAAUAUUUGGGCUUCUCUCAUUUUGUGAACAGAGAAACUCAAAUCUCUCUAGCAAAAAAGUCGGCGGUUUCAAUACAAGGAGCACUGAUAGUGUUCUGA